AGGGGGGGGGGGGUCGGGGCCGCGCCAUGGAGCGGAGCGGGGAGCGCUGAGAGGAGGCGGCGCCAUGGCCGAGCCGGGCCCGGCCGCCGGCGAGAACGGCGUGGGCGGCAGAGUGGUCCGCGUGGGCACCCGUCGAAGCCAGCUGGCCCGUAUUCAGACCGACAGUGUAGUUGAGAUGCUCCAUGAGUUACACCCAGACCUCCAUUUUGAGAUUGUUGCCAUGUCAACAACUGGAGACAAGAUCCUGGAUACAGCACUUUCCAAGAUUGGGGAGAAGAGCCUCUUCACCAAAGAACUGGAAAAUGCACUUGAAAGAAAUGAAGUUGACCUGGUAGUUCACUCCUUGAAGGACCUGCCAACUUCUCUUCCUCCUGGCUUUACCAUUGGUGCUGUCUGCAAAAGGGAAACCCCACUUGACGCUGUUGUCUUUCACCCCAAGAACUGCGGGAAAACACUCAGUCUCCUUCCUGAAAAGAGCGUGAUUGGAACCAGUUCACUUCGUCGAGCAGCCCAGCUCAAAAAGAAGUUCCCUCAGCUAGAAUUCAGAGAUAUUAGAGGGAAUUUAAAUACCCGUUUAAAGAAGCUAGAUGAGAAGGAAGAGUUUAGUGCCAUAAUCCUGGCUGCUGCUGGGCUGAAGAGAAUGGGCUGGGAGAAUCGCAUUGGUCAGCUCCUGAGCCCUGAAGAUUGUCUCUAUGCUGUUGGACAGGGGGCCUUAGCGGUGGAAGUUCGUGCCAAAGACCAAGAAAUACUCAAUAUGGUAUCUGCCCUCCACGAUGGAGAAACCGUAUUAUGCUGCAUUGCUGAGAGAGCCUUUAUGAAACGUUUGGAGGGUGGCUGUAGUGUCCCUGUUGCAGUUAGCACCAUGCUGAAAGAUGGCCAGUUGUAUUUGACAGGUGCAGUCUACAGUUUGGAUGGAUCUGAUAGCCUGAAGGAGACUAUGCAGACCAGCGUUAAUUAUCCACAACAGAAUGAAGAUGGACCAAAUGAUGAUGUGCAGCAUGUUGGCAUCACAGCCAAGAAUGUCGCUGGUCAGGCGCAGGAAGCUGCAGAGAACCUUGGUGUUGAACUAGCUAGUUUGCUUCUGAGCAAGGGAGCUAAGCAUAUCCUUAGUGUGGCAAGGCAGCUUAAUGAUGCCUGCUAAACCUAUAGUGAGGUCAGCAAGAUUGCUGCAAGUCUUGCUUCAGCCUUUGCAGCUGUUGUAUCAGCAUUUAGAGGAGUUUUUUUAAAUGUUCACACCAGUCUUGCCUGAUGUUUGGGCACAGAAAAACAUGCAAUAAUAAACCAAUUCCAGAGUAGUGAUGCUGAUCAGGGUUUUUAUAUCUUAAGCUUAUUGAAAGGCUUUUGUUGCUGGGGGGGGCAGGGGGGAAGUGUUUGCCUGUUGCGUUUAGGAACAGGGCACUGUAUCACAGUUAGUCUGACUAAAGUAUUUUCAGUAAUGACUGAUUUUCUGUAACUGUAUAGUAUUUGGGCCUGUACUCCUAUCAGAAACACUGAAGAAGAAUGGUAUUAGGCUCUCAUUACAGCAUUCCUUAUGGAAAGUUACCACAGAUGCUGUGUUCAAAAUAAUUCGAUAGUUGAGUUAUAUCUUAUCUGAUAAUUUCUCACUUGCCCUUAAUGAAUUAUUAAGUAACUGGUUAGUUAUCUCAUCUCAGGUAGAUGUAAUCUGAGAUAGUCAUUCAUUCACUCUAGCCAGUAGCCUUCGAGCUCAAGUUGAAGAAAGUUAACUAUUGUGCCUUUCUCUGCAACUGCAAGCUACUUCCUGUUACUGUGGUUCAGUUGAAAUGUCCUAACGUGCUACCAUCUUGCUAUCCUGGCAGCAGAGCUCAUGCAUUACGGUGCCUUGUGAGAAACAGUGAAACAGUCUUAUGGGGUUCCUGUUCUGGAAAGUAUGGUUUAUUCUCUAUGUACUGUCCAUUGAAUGCAACAGCAGAUAAAUACAGCCAAAGUAAGCACCCAA